UUCUCUCUUUAUGGGCCGUGCGGGUUUCCGUAGAGACGCUCCACACAUGGCUACUUCCAUGUGCUAACGUGAGAGUAAACCGUGAAGCUGACAGUGAAGCGCUGAGGGAACUGUUACCGCAACACCACCUGUGGUGUAAACCCCCCCCCUUGACAAAUUAGGGAAGGCAGCAUCCGCCUAGAGGGGGUGUCACAGCUGGGUGUGCCUUUAUGCUGGUGCGCGGUUCUCGGCUAUUCUCCCUCAUUAUUUCCCAUCAUCCACCUCCUUCCUGCAUCCAUUUUCCCAGACAGACGCUUCGGUCGAGCUUUGUCAGCGCUGCUUCUGCCGGCAAACGACUGAGAUCCAUGGAUCCCCUGAAAACUGCUGAGGAUCCUGAGAUUCCCACCACCAAACCCCCCCCCACACCUUCAGCAGAGAGCAUGAGCCCGGCACCCGCUGACGCAGCAGCUGACAAGGAGCAGACGCACCUCGAGGGACUGUUACCUGGGGAGACGGUGGUCAAGGAGGGCAAGGCGGCCAUCUUGUUUCCCAGUGCUAAUGAGGUGUUUUACAACCCAGUGCAGGAGUUUAACAGAGAUUUGACAUGUGCUGUAAUCACAGAGUUUGCCAGAGAUCUGCUGGCUCAGCGCGGGGUGAAGGUGGUGGUGCCUGGAGAGAAAGAGAGGGUGGUGGUCUCUCUGUCAGAGGAGGCGAACGAGGCCGACGUUCAGACGGAGGAAAAAAACGGAGCAAAGGAGCCAGCUGUAACUGUGACAGCUGGGGAGAAAUGUGAGCGCGGCCUUCGUGUGCUGGAGGGUCUGGCGGCAUCCGGGCUGCGCUCGGUGCGUUUCGCUCUGGAAGUCCCGGGCCUGCAGAGCGUCACCGCCAACGACUUCUCCACCAAGGCUGCGGCACUGAUCGCAAGGAAUGCCCAAUACAACGGAGUCAACCACCUGCUCCAGGCCAGCUGCAGGGACGCCAGUAUGCUGAUGUAUGAGAUGCGAGGGAAAAAGGAGCGUUACGAUGUAAUAGAUCUGGAUCCCUACGGUAGCCCUGCCUCCUUCUUAGAUGCCGCUGUGCAGGCCGUCAGUGAAGGAGGUCUGUUGUGUAUAACAUGUACAGACAUGGCGGUGAUGGCAGGAAACAGUGGAGAGACCUGCUACAGCAAAUACGGUUCAGUCUCUAUCAAAGCCAAAUACUGUCAUGAGAUGGCUCUUCGGAUCAUCCUCCACAGUUUGGAGCAGAGGGCAGGGGUGUACCAGCGAUACAUCCAGCCUCUGCUGUCCGUCAGCGUUGACUUUUACAUCAGGGUCUUUGUACGGGUCUUCACAGGACAGGCCACAGUCAAAAACUCAGCCAGUAAACAGGCUCUGGUCUACAACUGUGUCGGCUGCGGGUCUUUUCACUUACAGAGAAUGGGCAGGAGAACAAGCAAUGGAAAACAUAUGAAGUAUUCUCCUGCCACUGGACCCCCAGUUGGACCAGAGUGUGAGCACUGUGGACAGAGACAUCAGCUGGGUGGACCUAUAUGGGCCGAGCCCAUCCACAACCUGCCAUUUGUCCAGAAGGUCUUGUCCGCUGUGUCGGGGAACCCGUCCAGAUUUGGGACGUCCAAACGCAUUGAGGGCAUGCUCAGCAUGGUGACUGAGGAAUUAGAAGAUGUUCCUCUUUAUUACACCGUGGACAGUCUGAGCAGCACGAUACACUGCAAUACUCCACCUCUGCUCCAGUUUAGAAAUAGCUGUCUAGAGAAGGGCAGUCAGUACAGUUUCCAGGUAGCAGCCAUGACAGCCAAUGGAACAGGUCCAGCCAGUGACUGGUGUACUGCAGAGACGCCGGAGAAUGACCUGGAUGAGAGCCAGGUGCCCGAUCAGCCCAGCUCUCUGCACGUCAGGCCAUUGCCCAACAGCAUCAUCAUGUCCUGGACUCCACCCCUCAGCCCAAACAUCCUGGUUCGAGGUUACAUCAUCGGCUACGGAGUGGGUAGUCCCUACGCCGAGACGGUUCGGGUGGACAGCAAGCAGAGAUACUACUCCAUCGAAAACCUAGCUGGUGGUGGGAUUUCUACUAACCUGCAGGACAAGAGGAAGAAGUGCCAGAACAAGAGAAAGAACCAGAUCACAGACUCUUCUCAGCUAAAAGACUUCCCCUGCAAGAGGUUCAGACAGGGAACAUGCACCCACGGAGACAAAUGCUGUUACUCCCACGACCUGCAGCAGACAAAUGACCAGAAAAUGGAAUGAUUCGAAGUUUUGUUCUUUUUUAAAAAUUUUAUUUUAUUUCUGGACUUUGAAUGGCCGAAUGCAGCCUGGACGAAGUGAGAAUGACGCACUGCAGUCAGAUUGUAUUUGGAAGAGGACAGAAUAUGCAGAACAAGUUUGUUAUUCAGUUUUAUGCCAGAACUUUUUUUGUUUUAGGUUCUUAUUUUAUGCAAAUGUUGUUUCAGUCCAUUAAAGUCCUCACGCUGACUCUA